GAGGUCGCGCUGUCCAAAGCGGAGAUCGACAGGGUGCUCCAGCUUGCGACGAAGGCAGGGGACAAGGCCCUCGAGAAGACAUACACGGCAAUCUUGGGGCACACGAAGAGCUUGGAGUUGGCGCCGAAGGAGGGCCCCCUGCAAGCCCAGGCGGAGGUUGGCAAGCACGAGGAACUCCAAACCGUCCUGGCAAAGCAGAACCAGCCCGUGGAGUCCUUCACGAGCCAGCUGGGCCGGGCGGACAAGGAGUACAAGAAGGCACAGGUGGCGCGAAUCCUGCUCUCCAAGUUACUGGAGGGUAACCUCAGCUGCUUCGACCUUGCGGAGUGCAGCACGCUGUUCGGCCUGGUGGAUCCAGCUUUGCAUGGGGUCACGGAGGGGGAUCGGAAGCAGGCAGCAGACAGACAGGAGAAGAUGCGCAAGGGCAUCCAGGACCUGGCCAAGGGCCUCUUCGGAUUAGCGCAGGAGGUCGCCAACAUCCUGCGGAAUGGGCAUGAGCGCGUGAAGGCGCACCCGCUGACGCGUGUCCUGGCGCUGUCGAUGUUCUUGAUGCUGCAGGAGGGCUUGGAGCUGCGGGCCAGUCCAACACCGUGGCUGGCGCCGAGCCUGAUGUUGGCCCUCGCCAGUGGAGCUGGCGCAGGCAAAGGGGCCGCAUGUGGCGCUGGAGGCGCCGCCGCGGCGCCCGCGGGAUUG